AUGUUCUUUCUCACUUUCAUUUUGUUUAUUUUCCUUCUUCCUAAUAUUGGUUCUUUCUCACUUUCUUUUUACUUAUUUUCCUUCUUAUUUUUCUUUUUCUCGUCUAAUGUCUCCUUCUCGUUCUUUUGUCUUUCCUCUCUCUCUAUUUCUUUUAAUGUUCUUUAUUUUCUUCUUCUUCUUCUUCUUCUUCUUCUUCUUCUUCUUCUUCUUAAUGUCCUUUGUACUUAUUUUCAAUUGCUAUUUUGCCUUAUGUUUUUCUUCCUCUCUUUCUCUUCUUCCACUCCUUUCGAUUAUCCCUUAUGUUUGUCCUUUCUCUCUUUCAUUUUACUUAUAUUUCCUUCUUCCUAUUAUUCUUCUUCUUCCUCAACCGAACGUUUUCCUCUCAUUCUCAUCUUAUCUUUCUUUCUUUCUUUCUUUCUUUCUUUCUUUCUUUCUUUCUUUCUUUCUUUCUUUGCCUUCAUAUCUGCCGUGCUUCGUUCUUAUCUUUUGUUAGUCAAACGUGACGCAUGCGCUAUCUCAGCCAGUACCAUACUGUUCCCGCCCAUCGCCGCCAUGUUUGCUGCGCGCAUCUCUUUUCUCCUUGAACCGACAGGGAAUAGCAACGAUACACGGCGAUGGCGGCGAUAG